GUUUUGUAUAUAUUGCAAUCAUGAGGACCACAGUUCUGAAGCAGCAGCCCUUCCGCGCGAGCAAGGCGCACAUUGCUCCUCGCGUCGCAAGCCGGCGUGUGGUUGUCUGCCGCGCCGCAGCUCCUGCGCUGACCGAUGUGGAGCGGAAGGCGCUCUCUGUGUUUGAGGCCACUGGUAAGACCAGCAAGGAGGAGACGCUGCGGCUGCUGGUGCGUGCGGGCCUGGGCCGCCUCGUGGACCAGGAGACUGUGGAGGGAGCCAUCCUGCACAUGGAGCGACUGGCCGAGCAGGAGAAGAGCGGUCCCACGCCCGACAUCGCCGGUCGCUGGCGCCUGGUGUUCGGCACCGCCACCAAGUUCCGCCCCUUCCAGUACAUUCCCGUCAAGGAGGACUUCGUCCUGGACGCGCAGGCUAAGACUGUGGCGCUGGAGAGCUCGCUGGGGCCUUUCGACUUCUACAUCCGCGGCGUCAUGAACCAGUGGAAGCCCGACAGCGGCGAGCUGGACUUCCAGUUCACCAAGGUCGACAUUCAUGUACUUGGAGAGCAGAAGUGGCAGGUCAGCCCCAAGACCAAGCCGAAGACCUACACGUUCUUCUACGUGGCAGAUGACCUGGCGCUCGCACGCAGCAGCGCCGGCGGCGUGGCGCUGCUGAUCAAGUAAAUGUAUGCGCUUCAUGACCGUAUGACCGUAUGGGGGCUGUGUUUCGGGAUGACGUGUGUCUGUUUUCGCUGAGACGCAGGAAGCAGCUGGUGGGGUGACGUCGCGCGGUGCGGGCGUGGAGCAAGUGGUGGGGAUGGAAGUGCUGAGAACCAGCGGUAAUACCGUUACAAACAGCAGGUUGUGCGGUCUUGGAAGCGUCAGUCGCAUAGUGGGAUGCCGCUAGGGUCCCUGGCCAGGUGUUUUGAGGGUGGGGCGCACACCUGGGCGCAUCAGGCGGCGGGCGGCGGGGCUUGGUCACAGCUGAGCGGGAUUCAUGCCCCCGUUACCCGAGUUUUGCCACCGCACCGCAGGCGGCUCACAGAGCCAUCAAUGUCUCAUGAGUAGCACGUGCUGCUGGGCGUACCUGUAAAUGUUACCUCUU